AUGAGUGGCACAUCGGGGGAACAAGGGCAAUUUUUCUCAAUGGAAAUCGCCAAUAAGGCGCUGGUCGAUGGUAAUUUCGAGGAAGCGCUGAAACACUUCUUCGUCUGUAUUAAGAUGUUGCCAGUCGAACGGCGUGGGCGAUAUGAAGAUCAGUUCGCAGCAGCAAUACACGGUUGGAUUACUCAAUCUUCGGAGCAUGCCGCUCGCGCAGUCAAUCUUUAUCCACAAAUUCGCGACUUGUUUCCAGAAACAGUACGAACGAAAAUAGCUAUAGUGAAAGCUGUUCAAAUUUCGGGACAAGGAAAAUGGUUGUUAAACUGUCUGCCAAUUGUAAAAGAAGCGAUGGCUUUGACCACAAACCCCGAAGACAGAGCUAUUUUGAGAAUCGCAAGAGUUAAUUUGACAACUGUUCCGUUCCCACAAUGGCACAUUCGGAUGGUCAAUGAUACAGUAAGAAUAGAUGACGUGGUAUUAAAAACAUUUGAUACUUCAGAUGCGGAACGAAUUUUUCCUCCAAGCAUUGACUGCCAGUAUCAAAAAAUGUCCAACCUAGUUAUUGCAUUGGAAGAAGAUGUUUGUCUGGCGAUGAUUUCCAAAGAGGUUUUGAAGCGAAACAAAGUUGCAGACCGUGUUACUGUACAUGCUAAAAACUCAAUGCAGUUCGAAACAAGCCAAAACGCUGACGUGAUUGUGUCGGAAACAAUGGAUUGUUGUUGUUUUGGCGAACGGAUAAUUGAAACUUUCCUCGACGCUCAUGUCCGGUUUGCUCAUGAAAAUACCAUCUUCAUUCCUCAAAAAGCAACUGUUUAUGUUCGACUCUUCCAGUGCCGUGAAAUUUUCGAUAUUCAUUGUCAAGACUAUAGCGGAAUCAGAUACCGUUCGGAGUAUGUCAAAAUCAAUGAUGAACCCACGGAACAACCGUACUGGUGCGCUGCCAGAGAGGAUUACGCCGAGUUUGAAUUCCUUUCUCCACCGGAAGAACUUCAUACGGCAGACUUUUCAAGGCUAGACGUGCUGCAGAAAUCGCUGAGAUGUGAGGGAUCGACGAAACUGAAACCAAAGAAGAAAGGGGUCGCGCACGGAUUCACUAUUCAUUUUGUAGCCGACUUGACGGGAACUGGAGUUUUGGUAGACUCAGGCGACUGUCAUGCUUGGGAUUAUGGUGUCGUUCCGUUCAAAGAGCCUUGUGUGGUGGAUGUUGGCCAAGAAUUGGAUGUUUCUUGGAAACUAGUAAAUAACCGGCUGGACGUAUACAAUAAUUUCUAUUCUGAAAAGUUGCAAAAGGCCGGUUCGUUAAUCCAAUAUCAAACAAUCAGUAUGGAUAGGCUCCACAAGAUUCGUGACGAUAGUUAUUUCAAGCAAAUGAUGGCUGAAAUCACAAUCAAUGAGCUUCCAUUUACAGAAGAUAUUUCCUUCUGUGUUCCAGCAGAGUGCGUGUUGAAGACAUACCCGAACAAGGAGCCAACAGGGACUAUUAUUGCCGGAUUCAUCCGUCACGAUGGAUCUCUGAAUCAGGAUAACAUGUUCCGCAUCGAACAGUGCGUCGGUCAUCGUGACUUCGUCAAGAAAAUCGUUCCUUCUCAAGUACGCAUCUAUGGUCACCUAUUCUAUUCGGACUAUAUUCACUUCGACGCACGUCCUGAUCCAACUGCACAUUGUAAAGUUGAUUUAGCAACAGUUCGAAAUUUCAAUCUGAGAGAGAUGCGUGAUAUCAGAUUGACCCAGAGAAAUGACAUUGUUUUGGCAUCAGAGGAAUUCGAAAUGAUUUUCUUCGACAACGAUCCAAAUAACUACAGAAACGACUUAUAUGAAACGGUUACCAAAGAAAUUACUGUCCAACCAAAUUUGGGAGCUGCCGAUGGAGUUCUGUACGAGUUUGAGGUGUUAGGAGUACGGAAUAGCAAGCUUCGCCCUGUCGCCGCAUUCCUAUUCCAAGACAGAAUCCGAACUGGUGACCAACCGGCAAGUAUUUCGAAAAAAAUUCCAGAAUAUUAUAGUAUUCCAUUAUAG